CGGCGGCGGCGGCGGCAGUAGCAGCAGCGGCGGCGGCGGCGGCGGCGGCGGCAGCUGUUGGGGGGGGGUUCCGGGAAGAUGGUGCUCAUUAAGGAAUUCCGUGUGGUCUUGCCGUGUUCAGUCCAGGAGUAUCAGGUCGGACAGCUUUACUCUGUGGCAGAAGCUAGCAAGAAUGAGACUGGCGGCGGCGAAGGAAUUGAAGUGUUAAAGAAUGAACCGUACGAGAAAGAUGGUGAAAAGGGACAGUACACCCACAAAAUUUACCACCUGAAGAGCAAAGUUCCUGCCUUCGUGAGGAUGAUUGCUCCUGAGGGUUCCUUGGUGUUUCACGAAAAAGCCUGGAACGCCUACCCCUACUGUAGAACAAUCGUAACGAAUGAAUAUAUGAAAGAUGAUUUCUUCAUUAAAAUUGAAACGUGGCACAAACCAGACUUGGGAACAUUAGAAAAUGUACAUGGUUUAGAUCCAAACACAUGGAAAACGGUUGAAAUUGUCCACAUAGAUAUUGCAGAUCGAAGUCAAGUUGAACCAGCAGACUACAAAGCUGAUGAAGAUCCGGCAUUAUUCCAGUCAGUCAAGACCAAGAGAGGCCCUUUGGGACCCAACUGGAAGAAGGAGCUGGCCAACAAGCCUGACUGUCCCCAGAUGUGUGCCUAUAAGCUGGUGACCAUCAAGUUCAAGUGGUGGGGACUGCAAAGCAAAGUAGAAAACUUCAUUCAGAAGCAAGAAAAAAGGAUAUUCACAAACUUUCAUCGCCAGCUCUUUUGUUGGAUUGACAAGUGGAUUGAUUUGACAAUGGAAGACAUCAGGAGAAUGGAAGACGAAACUCAGAAAGAGCUAGAAACAUUACGCAACCAAGGUCAAGUGAGGGGAACAAGUGCAGCCAGUGAUGAGUGACGACGAAUCUGCCCAGAGUGUCGGCGUCGGCUCGGCGUGCGCUGGGGACGGCGCACACGCGUGUGCGUGUGUCCGUGUGCGUGUGUCUGCAGCUGUAUGUGGAUCGCACGUCGAGCUGCAGCCCCACCAGCACACGCGUGUGCGUAUGUACAGAGCUCCUGAAGGGGUUAGCCCAGUGUCUCCAAAGUACUGUACCUGUCUUCUGCAAGAAUGCAAGAGAAAAUAUUUUCAAUACAUACACCCGGAACAGAUUUUAAUAAUAAUUAUCAGAGUAAUACCAUUAAUGGACAGAUUUGACUGCAAUGUAAUACUAGCUGGUAUGUUUCAUAAAUGUCAUGUUAUGGACCAAUAUAUAUAUAUAUAUAUAUAUACACACAUAUAUAUAGCCUUUUCUUAUUUUUCUGUUCUUUUAAACGAGUAUCUUAUAAAUUUUUCUUUUAAUCCUAUAAGCAGCAGACUCCCACAGGAAAAUGUCCUCAAGAAUUUUUUUUUUCCCUUUUGGUAUUCCAGUGAAUCUAGACUAUAAACUGAAUGUAUUUAUAGCUAUUUAUUUCUGAAUAGUCAUUAUCUUACGGCCAAAUUUGACAAAACCUAUUAAGUAAGGAGUAAAGUUACAGGCCAGUUUUUACUUAUUUUCCUGAAGAGGAAAAUCCUUUUAAAAAAAAGAAUUUCCGGUUUUUAUUGGAGUUUUUGUAUUUUAAAUUUCAAGUAUUUUUCUACACCAAACCUAGCAAAAACGGAGAUGAUAGUUUGUGAUUUAUAGCAACACUAGACAGUUCGCAGGCUCCUGCUAGGCAAACAAGUCGAAGAGGGAAUUCAUCGUCAUGGUGCAGAAAAAUUAGAGGUAGGACACUCGGGUGAGUCUUGUCCCCGGAACAUCUGUGUUCUGGAGCUGUGGCUUGGAAACUAUGCAAAUGCUCCGGGUCCUCACAAGAUGGGGUGCGUGGCAGCCCUCUGCAGCUGGGAGGUGUCCAGCUUGGAGACAGGGACCCUGCCUGGACACCUCCACCCCUGGGCUGCCACCCCAGGUGCCCCGGAUGCUCGCUGGAAGCCACUGCCCACUGCCCACUGCCACUUUUCUUUCUUUUUUUUCUUUUUCUUUUUUUUUUUUUUUUUUAAUUUAAGGCAGGCAGAACACCUAGAUGAGAUUUGUAGUAACUUUCUCUGUGUUCUGUCUCAAUUCUGUCUGAUCCUGUCGGUCCUGGAAGCUUGAGUAGAAUAAUGGUGUUGAAGCCUUCAGGGUAGAGACCCGGCUCCUGUAACCUCCCCUGCCUCCUGAGACAUGCCCUGUCCUGUAGUCAGAUCCCUCCCACUGUGUCCCCGGGCCUCGGGGUCACUGCCACAUCCUGAGACCCUAUUGUCCUCCGCUGGGCAGCCCACCUUCCCCGUGCUGCGUACCCUUGGGACGCUCCCGCUGUAAGAUAGGUCCGUUAGCCAUCAGCCAGUCGUCACUCUGGGGACGAGGGAGAUGAUGGCUCAUUUCGCGAAGUAAGGAGUCCAGCCCUCUCCUUGUAAUGAACUUAACUCUCACUGGCAUCUGUUGUGUUGGGCACCUGGGCACACAUGGAAGCACCAGCCCAGCGCCUGGCUUGUAAUGGUUUUCUAACAACUGUGGAGAUUUGGGGGUAUGUGUGGUGAAUGUAAAAUACCUAGUUUACUUGGCAGUCUCUGGUGUAAAUUACAGUAAAACAAAAGUAAAUGAAAUUUAAACAGAAAAUAAAUUUGAUCACAAAA